AUGGAGAAGAAAAGGGUGGGCAUAAAUGGAGCCGGCGUAAGCGGCCUCGCAGCGUGCAAGCACGCGAUCGACAAGGGCUUCCGCCCGGUGGUCUUCGAGGCUGAGCUGACGAUCGGCGGCGUCUGGGGUCGUACAAUCGAGUCGACGAAGCUCCAGGCGCCUGCAUCGGCCUACCGGUUCUCCGACCUCCCCUGGCCGUGAAAUGUCACGGAGACAUUCCCGAAUCAUGAGCAGGUAAUGGAGUACAUCUUAUCUUACGCGCGCCAGUUUGGUCUUUUCCAGCAUAUAAAGUUCGAUAGCAAGGUGGUCGGAAUCGAGUUUGUUGGACCGUCGUAAGAGGAGAUCAUGGGCUGGGAAUCGUGGGCCGGAAAUGGUGAGGCCUUCGGGUGCGGCGGCACAAAGGGAACGUGGCUUAUCACUACGCAGAAUACGAAAAACGAGGAUUCUAAGCAGAUUUUUGAGGUGGAUUUUGUGAUCCUCUGCAUCGGACGGUUCAGCAGAGUUCUGAACGUGCCGAAAUUUCCGGCGAAGAACGGGCCGGAAGUGUUCGAGGGAAAAGUUCUACACUCCAUGGAUUACUCCAGCAUGAGCAAUGCCGACGCCGCCGAGCAGAUCGGAGGAAAACGCGUCGUGGUGGUCGGCUCGGGUAAAUCGGCAUACGACAUUGCGGCCGAGUGCGCAAAAGCAAAUGGAGCUAUUGGUGCAAUUGAUGGAACACUUAUUCGUGCUGUUAUACCUAAAGAAGAUCAAAUUCCAUAUAUUGGUAGAAAGCCUUACCCAAUGCAAAAUAUAAUGGUUGUUUGUGAUUUCAAUAUGGUGUUCACAUUUGUUGUUGCCGGUUGGCCGGGAGCCACGCAUGAUGCACAAAUUUUUACUACUACUUUGAAUAACUAUGGUCAUAUAUUUCCACAUCCUCCUGAAGGUAAGUAUUAUCUUGUAGACGCAGGGUAUCCUAAUAUAAAAGGAUAUCUAGGACCUUAUACUGGCGGAGAUGUGAGAUAUCAUAUUCCUGAAUUUAGACGUGGGUCUCAACCACGAGGUUAUAAAGAAGUGUUUAAUCAUGCACAUUCAUCCUUGAGGAAUGUUAUUGAACGAUCAUUUGGUGUACUUAAAGCACGGUGGCGUAUAUUACAAAUGAUGCAAGUAGAGCAAGCGGUCGUGAAGCCACGACAGAUAAAGCGCCAUUUCCAGCCACUCUGGUUCCAACAUUGGGAGAUCCGGGCUUCCUUAUUGCAGAUGUUCGAGAAGAUAAUCGGGAAUAGGAGAUGGGCGAUCUCAAGAAUUAUAGAAGCAUACCACACGCGAAAAAUCCCUAUGGAAAAGCAUGGAAUGGUGCCUGAGUACAGCUUCUUUCGUGCAAUGUCAUCGUGCUUGAUUGCAAUGCUACCUGAAGGUUUUUACAGUAGAGUUGAGGAAGGAAGCAUAGUUCUCAAGAAAUCUAAGACCAUUAGAUUCUCUGAUCAGCGUGGCGUGCUUUUGGACGGCGAGGAUGAGCCGACGAUUGAGGCUGAUGUUGUGAUUUUUGCCACUGGAUUUAGUGGGGAUCAGAAGCUUAGAGAUAUCUUUGUGUCCCCUUGGCUCCAAAAGAUAGUUGUAGGGCCAUCAAACAGGACAGUCCCUCUUUACAGAGAAUGCAUUCACCCUCGGAUUCCACAGUUGGCGAUCAUCGGGUACUCCGAGAGCCUAACCAACAUAUAUGCGGCGGAGACGAUGUCGCGGUGGGUGUCGCACUUCCUCGGCGGCAGAUUUCGGUUGCCGAGCGUAAGGUGCAUGGAGAAGGACGUAGCGGAGUGGGAGAAGUACAAGAAGCGUUACAACAUGAAGUAUUUCCGCAGAUCAUGUGUAAGUAGAGUUAACAUUUGGUACAAUGAUUUGUUGUGUCGGGACAUGGGGUGUGAUCGGAAGAGGAAGAAGGGGUGGUUUGCAGAGUGGUUCGAGCCCUAUGGACCUGCUGAUUAUGCUGGUCUUCACUGA